CAGUUAGUGUUACUUUGAAAGCGAGUGGCGCGGGAGCUCUUGUGCUACCACCUAUGCUAACUUACUGCUGCUAUGCUAUAAUAAAUAGAAAUUAGAAUAAUAUAAAAGCUAUGAUGUAAUUCGGGAACUGAUCGACGACGUGCGUCUAUCGCGAGUGAAAUUAUUUGGAGAACAACUAUGGCGACCUACAAACACUAUUAAGGUUAAACAUCAAAUAAAAAAAGACAAUUAAAAUGCGAAGUCGUUACUCCAGUUCUUCUCAAGGACGCGAUAAUUUUUACUCGAACGUUUACACCCAAAGUGAUUCGCGCAGUAGACAUUUAAGUCCUGCCAAAAGUGACACUACUAUAACUUCCUUGACAGAUGUGUGUGACAGACGUGUGGUGCAUGUGCGCAGGACAGGGUUUCAUCACGAACGCGUUCGAAUCGUUUGUACCACUAGGAGGCAGCAUGUUAGUCGCUUAGUUACAGUAUCUGAUGUGUGCCAUACUUUACCACCAUUAAGGAAACAUGUUACUGUUGUCAGUUUUCCUUCUAAGACGGACAGAUCGCAAGUGGCUGGCUCAUUGAAUUCCACGGAUCAUUUACAGGAGCAGACUUACAUUCAGGCUCCGAACUUUCCAAAUCAGACUUACGCUACUCCUGCUGCUAGCUCUGUGUAUUGCCGAUCAUCUCCAAACAAUUCUGGAUACGUGUCGAUCGUUCAACCGCUUCAUAAGAAAGGAUCUUUGAGGAAUGGUGAUAUAUUAAAGCGUUCCAGAGUGCAAACUACGUACGAAUUAUCACAAGACAUACUAGACAAACAAAUAGAAGUCUUAGAAAGGAAAUAUGGAGGCGUUAAAGCACGAAAUGCCGCACUCACUAUCCAAAGAGCAUUUAGGCGAUACACGUUACUCAAAAAAUUCGCAGCGAUCACCGCUAUGGCAAAGGCAGAAAAACGAAUUAGUAGAAGGUUACCUCCAAGUGAAGAUAACAAAGAUUCCUCAGAUCCCCAAUGCUCAGAAUACAUGUGCACAAGCUUCGAAGCACACGAUUAUAAUAAUAUGCGAGUACUUCCCGUUCGUUCUUUAUCCUUACGUGAGAGACGCAAUGUAGAUAGUAUACCCAUUCCCAGAAGCCAAUCUGGGACACCUACUGGUUGCUGGGAAAACUAUUCCUCUUCAUCUUCGCUUCAGCACUACUAUUCGCCCGCUGACAUUAAGUCUGAAUCUUUAGGGCCUCACGUGACUGGUAGUCCAAGUUCCUGCAGCACCCCAACCUCAUCAAAUGGAUAUGCAAGAUCCAGAAACAGUAUAAGCAAUAGAAAAGUUCCACCAGAGGUACCAAAGAGAACAUCUAGCAUCACAUCACGUUCAAUCGAGCAAAAUAGGACAAAAUCUAAUGGUUUAUCUAAAACUGCAGAGAAUGGUUCGCUGUCCAGUGUUCAGAGCUCUGGAAGUGAUAGCAGCAUAUCAACAGAAAGGAUCCAGUGUGAAUUUUCCGGAUCGCCAAUUUGGAAAAGAAAAGGAAAUCAUGCCUCCGAAUACGCCGAGCCCACUUUGGAAACCAGCCUGGGCAACAUUUCCAAUGCCAGUUCUUCCACAUACACUUUAGCCGAACGUACAAAUGAUCCGCAGGGCCAACAAAGCUACAAAAUAUCCGAAACUAUUAGGAAACGGCAGUAUCGAGUAGGGCUAAAUUUAUUCAAUAAAAAACCGGAAAAGGGUGUUACUUACCUUAUUAGACGGGGUUUCCUCGAAAAAUCGCCUCAGGGAGUAGCAAGAUUUUUAAUUUCCCGCAAAGGUUUAAGCAAGCAAAUGAUUGGGGAGUAUUUAGGGAAUUUACAAAAUCCGUUUUGUAUGACAGUUUUGGAAUGUUUUGCGGCCGAACUGGAUUUAUCUGGAAUGCAAGUUGAUGUUGCAUUACGAAAAUUCCAACAGCAUUUUAGAAUGCCCGGAGAAGCACAGAAAAUUGAGCGUCUGAUGGAAGUAUUUUCUCAGCGCUACUGCCAAUGCAAUGUCGAUGUUGUAGCGAGAUUACGUUCGCCAGAUACGAUUUUUGUUUUGGCAUUUGCUAUUAUAAUGCUAAACACAGACUUACAUACCCCCAAUAUAAAACCAGAAAGGCGAAUGAAAGUGGAAGAUUUUAUUAAAAAUCUAAGAGGCAUCGAUGACUGUGGUGAUAUUGAUAGUGAUAUUCUAAAUGGAAUAUAUGAAAGGGUUAAAGCAAACGAGUUUAAGCCUGGCUCGGAUCAUGUUACGCAAGUGAUGAAACUUCAAGCUACUAUUGUGGGCAAAAAGCCAAACAUGGCAUUACCUCAUCGGAGAUUAGUCUGCUAUUGCAGAUUAUAUGAGAUACCUGAUAUAAAUAAAAAAGAGCGACCAGGAGUACACCAAAGGGAAAUCUUCUUAUUCAAUGAUCUUUUAGUCAUAACUAAAAUCUUAAGCAAGAAGAAAUCGUCAGUUACCUACACGUUUAGGAAUAGUUAUCCGCUAUGCGGAAUGGUUGUCACUUUAUUUGAAGUUCCACAUUACCCAUAUGGAAUCAAGCUGAGUCAAAGAGUCGAUCAAAAAGUCUUAAUUACCUUUAAUGCGAGAAAUGAACACGAUAGAUGUAAGUUCGUCGAAGAUUUAAAAGAAAUUGUUAGCGAAAUGGAUGAAAUGGAAAAUUUAAGAAUUGAGGCUGAAUUGGAGAGGCAAAAGUCUAACAGGGUCAAUCGAUCCGGAACAGAAAAUAGAGAUAGUGGUGUUGCAGAUGUCGAGGUGUACCCUUGUCACCAAUGCCCCUGCUCACAGAAUCCAGCACAGUCGGGCAAUUGUACUGAUGAUGGGUCGCACGAUACGCAAAUUAAGAGAUCCGCACUCAGUAAUUCAUUGCUGGAUAUACACGAACAAUUUGCAGGAGAUAAGGCCCAAAGACGUGGCAGCGUCGGAUCCCUCGAUAGCGGAAUGUCGGUAUCAUUCCAGUCGACUUCAGCUAGUACCUGCUCCAGGCCAGACAAAAUAAGUGGUAAGCAAGGAAAACCGGGAAUGCAUCAGCAUCAAGGAGGUUUUCUCGGCAGCUUAUUUACGAAACGUCACGGAUCCGGCUCCAACAUAACACCAAGAUCGACGGAAGUGUAGUUUUUCGCAAUAUGUCAUUUUAAGACUGAUAGCGGAAGUCCAAAUGUGUUUUUUUUAGUAUGUUGCACCAUUUACCUUUAUGAGAUGUUCACGUAUUUUCGACUUGAGAUUAUCGUAAUAUUAAUUCGUUUUUUAAAGAGUCGUCAGUUUUUAUUUGUAAAUUACUGAUUGGUUCAAAAAUUUUUUAGGAAUUUAGUAAGACCUUUAAGACCAACGGUUGCUUGAUAAUAUUUAAAAUUUAACAACAAUUUUUACAAUUAUACAUUUUAUUUUUACACUUGGUGGUUUUUUGAAAUAGUUUGUACCAUGCUGGUUAUUUUUUAUAGUCUGCAAGAACUAAGAUGUUUUAUGGUUUUUAAAAGACCAUAGCUACUGUUCACGAUGUAGUAUUGUUAUAGCAAUAAAACUAAUUGAGCAAAACUUAAUUAGGUGGCAGUAGUUAGUAUACUAUUUUUUAACUGCCUUAAAAGCCAUUUAUUGUAUGGGAAUUUUUGCUUUUUUUUCGUACACUUAUUGGUAAACCUUAAAAUUAAAUAACUCAAUAUUUUUUACUCAAACUUUGAAAAAGACUAGCAGUCUUGAUUACAAUGACUGUUAACUAUGUUUUAGACAUAUCUAUCAUUUUGGAAAAUAUUUUUUUAUUAUUUUUUCCUCAUCCCUGUUUACUUUACACCCUAUGUUACUUUUUUUUAAACAGGCUUAUGAUAUGCAAAAUACUUUAGUUGUAUAAAGACGCGAGUAAAACUUUUCAUAAUUUUACAACAAAAAAAUUAGGCAGUUAACUAUGGGGCAAAAAUGUGACAUUUUUCAUAUACAGGGUGGUAUCUUAUUUUUUUUCUCAUAUGACCCGAAGAUAAUUAACCGAAUUAUAUUGAGGAAAAUCUGUCCAUUUAAACUUUCAAAAACUGUAUAUACUUUAUAGAAACAAUUAUAUAAAAACCGACUUUUUAGGUUUUUUUUGCAAAAUUAUUCUAAUUUCAACCUUAAAAACCUUUUUUGAGGCCGUCCUAGACAGAGGUUUAAAUUUCUAUUUAUUAAUUCUAUGCAAAUCAGGUUAUUUAUAAUGACUAAGAAAGCUAUGGGUUGUUUAUGAUACUUGAAUGCUGUAUCGAAAAUUUAUUCGUAAACAAUCAAAUAUAACUUAACAAACUGCUGUAAAGUUUAACCAUCAAGUAUGUGUAAAAACCGAUCUAUUACCAAUUUUUUAUGUCACUAUUUAAAUAAAUAUCAAUUUAGAAAAUAUUAUCUCACACGCACGAUAAUUGAAAAGAAGAAGAAAAUUCACGCAUUUAGAAGAAAUAUGAACUUAAACCUUUUACGAUACCUUACCACUUACCAAGUCCAAUAAUUCUUAAAUACCAUAAUUUACUUGAACUAUAAUAGAUUUUUUUAUAUAGCCAUGAGCUAAAGUUUUAGAUAGUAUUUUCUAAAUUAAUAUUUGUUUAAAUAGCGACGUAACACCCAACAAUAUAGGUAACUAAUUAUGAAUUCGUCACAACUAUAUAGAUCUUACUUAAACCGUUCUGUUCUUACGAACUUACUAACAACGUUACCAUUACCAUGUCUUAUACCAUGUAGGCAUCACAAAAAUAUAGGUUUUCUUGCUACAAAUUUACAAUACUUACCAGGUAAGCCAGAAAACAUGUUAAAAAAAUGAUUAGGGAUAGGGGCAGAAUAUACUUAAAACUAAUUUUUUCUAACCUAAGAUUAUUUGUUUUAGUGAGCCACUUCGAAUUUUUUUCUAAAAGAGGUAUAACUGACCUUGAUUGAUAUAAUAAGUAAGCCCAAGAGAUUCCUACUGACCUAGAAUACAUUAGAUACAUAAGUCCGAUAAAAAAUAUUGAAUUUGAUUUGAUAUUUGAUUUAACGGAUUUGGCAAGCCGUUUCAAAUGUUUUAUUAAAAUAAUUUUAGCAAUAAAAUCAGUUAUACCUAAAAUAUUUAUUACGAACUUGUCACAUCUCCUAAGCUGUUAUCGAAUGCACAUUAAAUGUCUGAUUUAAUCUCCACAUAUGAUAACUUUAUUGCCAAAUUAAGUAUUAUAGCAGGAAUUGUGGUUUAAUGUAUCAGUUUACUUAAACCAGCUGGCUGGUUUAACAAGUUCGAGUUAUAAAUUAACUAUUUUUUUUAUUCUUCGUUAAAAUACUUAUAUCUGAGUGUAUAUUUAUUACAGCUAAUGUACUAAUAAGCCUAAUGUGGAUAUGGUUAAGAUUGAAUUGAUUUGAAUUAAGCUCUCAGGCAGCAUUAUAUAAAUUAAUAAUUAGAUCUAAUUGCAAUUGUAUAUAGGAUUAAUUGACACCGUAACCAUUUGAAGAGAGCUAAACACGUUCUAGUCGGUUGUAAAUAGUUGAGAAUCUCAUUCUACUGAUAUUAAUUUAAUUCUUACAUGUGCAUUAUGAGUUUUUUAAUAUCAAAUAAAUACACUAAGUGAA